AUGUUUAUUUGCAUUGUUGCAAUCAUUCUUAAGUAUAAUAGUACUGCCUUUGAUACCCAGCCUCUUAUAGUUAUUAUUUGUAGUAAUGAAAGGCCUGCUUUUAUUGUAGCUGUUGCUUUACCUAUAUGCAAACUGCGAAAUCUUGAGCCUGUUGGCUCAAUUGAGAUGAAUUUCCUUGCACCAACUUGA